UCUGAAAGCACUUAACUAAACCGGUCUGGCUGUCUCAGCGAAGAUUUUUUUCCCCCUUCUACUUCAAGACGCGUUCGCCUCAUCUCAUUUUCAAUCGAACAAUGCUUCUCACGCGAAGAAAACUGGUGCGUAUAAAAGAGACCUGAGAGUCCGGGUCCAGUUGGCCGUUGACACAGCACAGACACGACAUGGCUUCCAAGACGAUUCUCAUUGUGUAUGCUCAUCAGAGCGCCGGCUCUUUUAACGCUGCAAUUCUUGACGUGACGGUCAGGGAGCUGACUGAUCAGGGUCAUCGGGUCAUUGUGUCUGACCUCUACGCCAUGAGAUUCAAGGCCGAUGCUACAGAAGAAGACAUUGUUGGCCAACGAAAGGACACAGCACUUUUCCAAUAUGGAGAGGAAACCAUGCAUGCCUGGAUGAACGGGACGCUCAGCGAUGACAUCAAAGAAGAGCAGUGCAAAAUAGAAGAGGCCGAUCUAGUCAUUUUCCAGUUCCCUCUGUAUUGGUUCAGCGUCCCUGCCAUCAUGAAGGGCUGGAUGGAUCGAGUUCUGACUCAAGGAUUUGCUUUCUCCCUGAAGAACAUGUACAACCGUGGGGUUUUCAAGGAUAAGAAAGCUAUGCUGUCCUUCACUACUGGGGCGACGGAAACAAUGUUUCGCCCCGACGGCAUCAAUGGAGACAUAAACAUCGCCUUGUGGCCGUUGCAGAACGGAACACUGCACUUCUGCGGAUUUGAGAUUCUAGCUCCUCAGAUUUUCUGGUGUCCAGUUCACUGUCCAACGCAGGGACGGACCGCGAUGCUGGACGGAUGGAGUGCACGGCUAAAAGGACUCAUGGCUGAAAAACCUUUGACCUUUGCCCCCUGUGAGUUGUUCGACCUCAGCUUUAAAGGCGGCUUCAGACUUUGGCCAAAAGUGAAGGAAGAGCUUGAGACAAAGCCGUACGGACUCACCACAGGCCACCAUCUCUGGAAACCGCUUCCACCAGACAACCAGACCAAAGUGCAGGAAAAAGAUUAAUUCUUUUUUGUCAUAAUCAGUCAAUGUUUUGCUUUUUUAUUCAGGCACAGUUACUUUACAUGUUUAUUUAAAGCAUUACCAGUGUCACAUUGAUGUCACUUCUAUUUGAAUUGCCAUGUUGAAGUCUAACAGUAAAAAUUGUAAUCAAUAAAGCAUAUUUAAAGAUCAUAAUACAUUGAAUGUCAUUGCUUGUCAAAGCAUUAAUUGAGCAACUAUAAAACGAGCGCUGGUCCAAGUCAUAAUCCCAUGACCGAUGAGUCAGUAACUGUAAGUGACUUCAUAGUCAGUGUUUCUGAUGUACUGAAAAUUGUUUGGGAAAAAAGUAGUUAUUUUAAUGAUGUUGAUAAGCUUAAAUGCUGAAUUAUGUCACUGGCAAUUCAGAUUUU